GAAAUCUAGCUCUGUGAUAUUUUUAUGUGAUUGAUGUAUUAUCAUAGAUCGCAUGUCCGGUCUCUGUUCACCGAAUAGUUGGAUGAAUACGCUGUUCUUUGUAAACGAAAACUUUUUAUUUUCGUAAACGUAUUACUUCUUUACAUGUGAAGUUUAGAUUGAAAUAUCUCUAUGAACCCAAUUUGUUAUUAACAAUACAAAGAAAAUUGCUUAAAUUGCGCCACCAAAUGUGGAUGUCAGAAAGCUUGGCAACCCUAAUAGAAAUGAUGUACAUGGCUUGAGGUUAUAAUCGCCCUAGCAAAAUAUCAUAUGCUGAAAACCGUAUUCUGAAGUUAUUAAUUAGCUUGAGCUAACCGAUUCUAUGAAUAAAUGUAAAAUUCAUGCCUAUAGGGAAACUUAAUUGGUUCGAGAAAACUAAAGCAAAUUAAGUACACGUAAAUAUGUAUGCGUGAUAUUAAGCGAUCAAUGAAAAUAAGAUCCAAAACUUUGACCAUAUGCAACUACAAACACAUUGGAAAAUAAAUAGAAUGAUACCUGGAUAAAAUACAAUAUCUGCGUAAUUGCCCACGAUUACGGGAAACAUAACCUAAAAAAUGUCUUUAAUCGAUAUUAUAGAGACAGAAAAAAAGAAGCAGAGCGAGAAAAUGUGAACAAGCUCUAUAUAUGUAGAAGCACAUACACAUAUACGCAAAUAAUGCUAUACCAGCAGUUAUCGAAGAGCACUCCGUGAUACAUACAUACAUAAAUAUAGGAAAGAGAAAUGACACCGUUGGCAGAAGAUAAUGAUAUUUGGAAUGCUUAAAUCUGAACCGAUUUCGAUAGUGCCGUAAGAAUUACGGUUAUAAAUGUUAAGGUUAAGGUGACCCAUAGAUCGGGUCGAAUAGUUCAUUUUUGGAAAAUAACAAUUUGUGUAUGAAAUAAAUUUAUAAUUUAAAAUGACACAAAUAAAUAAGUAUGGCUAUGUGAAUAUACAAAUGUAUGCAUUUAAUUAAACAAUUUAAAUUUACGCAUAAUAAUUUUCGACCGAAACCAAUAUGGCUGCCAUCGGUGCUCGUGCCGUGACAUCGUACAUUUCGCUUACAUGUGGCGUAACUUGUAUUAUGUACUAUCAGACAUACGUUUGCACGUUAUAAAUUUACUUCGUGUAUGUAAGACUUAAUAGUAAAAUGCCAGGAGCCGAAUAACUUUAUUUCGGACUUUAUUACCAUAAUCAUGUAGAAAUUAACUGUCGAUUUUAUCUGGUCUGCUAUUAUAAACAGAGAAUAUAAUAUCUACUAGAGUAUACUUAUAGCAAAUAUUGCGGGUCGGUGCGGGAUUAUAGAUACAUAUUUUGUACUAUUAAUGAUAUUUAUCUAAAUUGCAUGUUACUAAUUUUGAUAUUGUUUUUGGAGCAUAUAUAAUAUUUGAAUGCAUACAUAUUUUCAAGACGUACGUUAUGUCUGUAUAUUUACAAACUAAUAUGAUUAGCCUAUAAAAUCGAAAAGUUCGGAGAAAACUCAUUCCCAAAGUAGAAGAUAAACUCUUGGUUGCACAUCAAACAUUAAAUAAAUGAAUACUAUAUAUUCUUAGUUAUUUUAAUAUUAUUUUUAUUUUGUCGUCAACCCAUCAUUCGGCUGCUUUUAUGUGUACGCUUGUUUUAUUCGCGUUCGGUUUUUUCCAUACAUUUUCGCUAAACGGGGAAACGACGACUCGUUAUUAAUACCAAAAAGCUACUCUGUCAUAUUGUUAUUUAAUUGUUGCAACUACUGUGAUUUUGAUUCAUAUCUAAAAAUGCAACUAACGGUUUUAGAUGUAAUAUUUUCUUAAAAUUUUAAAUAUCGGUUAUCUAUAUCGGGAUAUUUCUUUUCAUAAAUCGCUAGAUAUAUUUCUCUCUGAAAAAUGUAUAUAUGCGUGCCUACACCUCUGUACAUACAUAUAUGUAUAUUUAUAUAUAUAUUUCUCAUAUCAUUCCAUCGCAGUCACACACAUUUGUUGUUAUUGGUUAUUUAGCGCUGUUUUGAGCAGACAAGAGCCGUUGCUCUUCUUUCUGCUUUUAUACGAGUAUACCACUGCUUUUCGGAUUCUAUCUAUGGUUGUUUGUGCAUAUACGCCGCAAUCUGCUGUUCCCGUGAUUAUUGCGUUGGACUUUGUCUGUUUUCAGUUUUUGGUAUAUAUCUCGGUAAUUUAGUUCGAGGGAAUAGCUAAUACUAACCGAACGACUUAAUUACUGCUGCCAAGUUGCGACUUACGACGAAUGCAAUCGUCCUUACAAAAAAAUUAAUAAUUUUAUAAUAUUUUUUAUUUAAAAUUUUUUCGUUAUUUGUUAUUUUAAGAUAUUAGUUCUUUUAAAUUAUCCCUCGAAAUUAUUAUUCGAAUGCGUUCUACAUUACAUUUAAUUAACCCACAAAAUACUCACCACACACUUUCGCUUACUUGCCUUUCUAUAAGAAUGUACACUACGUUUCAAUCUGUCAGCUUGUUCGUCAGCGUUUCUCUCGUGUCCCUGAGGUGCUUAGCUAUUCGGCUGCAUACCUGUAUCUCUAGCAUUUAAACUAGAACUUUUGUGGAAAAGGUUGUCUUUCUUAAAGUAUGCACAAAUUUCAAUAUUUGACCCAUCGGUUUUAGUGAUUUGCAUGCUUUUCGCCAACUUCGUGUAUACCCACGUUGUACUCAGGCAGCUGUUUGCGCGCUUAUCUUCUUGCUGCUAUCUACAUAUGUAUGUACAUAUCUUUAGCAUCUUGCUCUAGCAUUCCCUUUGGUACACUUGAAAUUAAUUUCCAUGAUUAUCCUGGAUCAAAUUUUCAAUCACUCAACGAAUCUUUUUUUAAAAACCAUAAAUAUAAAAUCAAGUAGUGAUGUCAGCUACUUUUCGAAUUCUCUUAUUUACUCUCCGCUUUUGAGUUCAGUGCUCUUUUACUCUCUCAUUUGCCUUAAGGUUUUUCGUAUGUUGGUUUGUAACUUACACAACUGUACAUAGGAAUAUAUUUCUUAAUAUUUCUACAAUUGUGCAAAAGGUGCGCCCUAGUGAAGAAAAUUUUAAAAUUUACGAAAAAAUAGAGCAUUUUAGAAAUUUCGUCGAGCAGAAAUGGCUGAAAUAAGGUCUGAGUUGGAUAUCGACAACUUUAAUGCAUAGCUCCGUGUAAAUACUUAUACCACAAGCCACAAAAUGAUGGAAGUUAAGCAGAGCGCACCGACCGACUUUAACAAGCUUUCAACAGCGAGUAGUAAUGGCAAGCCCGAUGACUUGGAUGUCAUGUCAGAAUUGGAGACAACAAAACUGAAAAGUGAUUUAUUAAAUACAAACGAUCUGCCACAAAAUGGUUUAAUCGGUGACGUUUCAAACGGUUUCGCCGAUGCCGGCGAUGGUCUGGAUCUCGAUGAACUAAUUGAUUUAAAUGAGACAGUCAAUCCUGAAUUGGAAGAUGCGUUGCUGCGUGAAGACGAUGAUGAUGAUGAUAAUGGUGCAGAUGUAGUUGAUAAAUUGCUGGCUGAAGUGGUGCCGAAAGCGGCCGCCGUACUUGGUGAAAAGGCUGAUAAGGUCGAGGAUAGUACAACAACAGUAACAACUAGUUUGCAUAACACAGGCGAUGAUCUGGAUAAGUUAAUCUCGAAAAUUAAUGAUCUAGAAGAUUGCAUUGAGACAUCGUCCUCGGAAAAGGAUGACGCAGUGAACGGAAAUGCGGUCACAGCUGAGGCAGCAGAAGCAGAAGUAACUGCAGAAACGCCAGAGCAAGUGUCAGUGGAGAAGAAAGAUGUGGUGAAAGUUGGAAAUGCCGUAGAAGAUAGUACGCCGGGUAACAGUGUUGAGAACACCGAAGUUAAUGAUGAUAAGGAAAAUGUCAAAACAUCAAACUUAAAUGACAAAAGCGUUGGGGAUAUUGAUGGAGAGGAAAAUAAAGAAGUGGAUAAACAUGUAAAUAGUGAUAAAGCUAGCAUAAAUGAAGAGAAUGAUAAAAUAAUUAAUAAUGCAGAAGAUACGGUAGAAAAGGAGGAAACUGAGAGCGACAGCGCAAAGAAAGACUGUAAUCAAGUUAUUGAUGAGAUUAUAGAAAAAAGUGUUGGUAUCACAGCAGAAGAAGAAUCAGCUGAAAAAUCUAAAGUCAUAGAAAACGUCGAAAAGGAAGCUAAAGAAUUAGCGAAACGCACAGAUGAAGUGGAAACAGCAUCAACGGUAAACAGAGACGUUGCAGACAAAGAGUUCAUAAAUGCCGAUGGCACUAAUGCUGAAGCGGGCACAAUUGCUAACGAGUUGCAAAGCAUUAACGCUAAAAGUAAAUCCGCAGAGGCGGACGAUUCCGAUGACGACGUUAUUUUUUUUGUAGGAAAGCCGGCAGCGAAGGAAAAGAAGGAAAGCGAUGUUGAUAAAAACAAAACAGCUGACGGUCAAGUUGCCCAAUCGAUGGAGGUCGACGACGAUGAUGAUGUUGUACUAUUGCUCGAUGAUGAUGAUGAAGCGUCGUUGACUGGGGAAAAAAACACUGAUACUACAGAAAAAGCCGUCACAUCUGAAACCGAUAAAAGUGAGAGUGCAACAGAUGAAAGAAAAUCUAAAUUAGCUAAAGACAGUGGUGAGACUGCAAUUGAACAAAAAAUGGAUAAAGGCGAGAGUGUGGCUGAUAACACAGCGUUACAGUCAGACAACUCCGACAAUGCCUGCGACAAGUUUGAAAGUGUAAAAUCAGCGCCAACAUCUCAAAAGGACGAUGAAACGAAAUCCAAGUCUUCAGAUGCUGUCGAUGAGACAAAUAGCAAUUGUAGUAGCAGCAGCAAUUUGUUACAAGAAACACAAACUAUUGAUAAGGUCGGUACAGCUGGUAGCACUGGCGACGAUGAUGGCGAUGUCGCGGAUGAGCCGGAGAAUGAAGAUGACGCUGACGCCGAUGAUGCCGAGAGUAGCAGCGCCAUAGAAUUAUUGGAAGAUGAUAGUCGCACCGCUGGUGAAGAGAAGGCAAUUGAGCCACCGAACAAACGCUUACGCUUGAGUCUUGAGGCUGAUGACAGCUUAAAAGCCGAAGAUGAAUCGCGUAGCAGUAAUAAGUCCACCGGUUCUACAGCUAAGGAUGAUCCGUUUGAGGUCAUUAAGAUUGCGGAGGACAGUAAUGACGGUGAGAACAGUGAAAAGUCGUUGGGAAUGUCAACAGCUGUUGGCACAAAGCGAACGCACGAUGAAGUUGAACAGAAGAGCGCAGAAGAAUCAAAAUCCGAUUCGUUGGAGGAAGUGGCAAAUAAAAAGACUAAAAUAGAAGAGUCUGUUACGAUUGAGGAAGCGAUAAAAACGGAAACAAUGAAAGUGAACGAAAGCGAUGUGGCCAUAGAUGAAAAACUUGCAACAGAAAGCAAAGUGGUAAAAUCUGAAUCAGAUGAUGAAAAAAUUGAUUUCGCGAAAGUAUUGCCUCAACUUCGCGCUAUAGCUUCUGACAUUCCAAUUCCACUCUAUCCAGCACCCAAGUUCUCAAACGGCGUUGCACCCAAAUUGAGUUUGGACUUCUUCAAACGGUUUCGCAAGAAUUUUGACAAACUCACCAAAACCGAUUUGGAAGAGUUGGUGCUGCAGAAAGUAGUUGAAGCCAUCGUGCACAAAAGCGAAUUCGCUGAAAUGCGCGAAACUAUCGAUAGACAAGAGAAACAAAUCACAGCGCAUCGAGCGAAAAUCGCCGAAAUCUCAAAACAGUUUCGUGAUUUGGAAAUGGUGCACAAUCGUGUGUUAAAAGAUAUCGAAACAAAGAAUUCCCAAUUCAUCAUGCCCGUCAAAAUUACACGUGCAGUAGGUCUACAAGUGUACGUACCGACUAAGCGCGGCUCAGACGUUGUUCCACCCAGUACUCAUCCCCACUUGUCUACAUCACCACAACGUGGUCAAAUGCCACCACCGUCUUCUCCGCCGCGUCAGCCGAACAGCACGCCUGAAACGCGCUCGAGUAAUACGGCGCUGGCCUCAGCUGCGGUGGCAGCCUCUGUGAAUGCGCGGCGCGGUUGCGUACAAAAGGUAACACCACAGCGCCCAGUAGAUAACGGCAUGUCGCCAACCCCACGCCCACCUUCAUAUCGCAUAAAUCCUGGUGUUUUACAAACGGCCUUGACACAGGGUUCCCAAACUACAGCUACUGCGGCUGUGUCGUCACAACAAGCCGCCGGCUUGCCUCGUGUUUUGAACAAAGGUGUGGCGUCGGGUCAACCACGAACUGUGCGCUUCCCUACCAAUGAGCAAGUGCGCGCGCAACAAUUACAACAACAGCAACAAUACGCGCGCCCACAAACGCAAAAUGCUAACAUUCGCAAAUUGGCUCCAAAGCCUAAUACUGCUGGCCCCUUACCCACGCAGCAGACACAGUUUCGACGUCCGGUCGAAGCGACGCCUACCGCACCUAACACGUCCGUGGAUCACUACAUAAACCAGUUGAACCAGGCCUCACCAGCAGUGGGCAGUGUGACAAUCACCUCGGCCAAGCCGAAGGAGAAAGCUGUCAUUGAUCUAACCGAUGAGGAUGAGGUUGCCAGCGCUGCGACGACAACGUCCCCUAUGCAACGUGGCGUCAACACCAAUACACCGAACUUGAAUAGUGCGCGUGCAGUGCCACCGCUUACGCGCAUGCCGCAUAGUCAACAGACAACAGUGCGUUCGACAGCGGUGAAUCUACGUCAGCCGCCUGCGUCAAAAGCGAGCAAUAGUACACUUAUAUCGAAUAUAACUACGCCGCCCGGCACCAGCAUUACGCGUGUACACAUAAGUCCAGCGAAUAUGCCAGCGGCACCGGCACGCAAAUACAAUCACCCUGCGCCACUGCCAAAUACACCGCCGCAACCCUACAAUCCGGGCUGGAAGUUGCCACCGCCACGGCCCACCAUACGCAUCAGUAAUCUAGAGAACGGCAUUGUCAUCUCAUGGACCAUGGAAGAUUCCAUGGAACGUUUUGCCGAGUGCGUCACCUAUCAAAUUUAUGCCUACCAAGAGACAUCUGGUCCGCCAGCAGUUGAUUCAUGGCGCCAUGUAGGCGAUGUGAAAGCGAUGUUACUGCCCAUGGCCGUCACGCUGACGCAGUUCCAAGAAGGUCAACGUUACUACUUUGCGGUGCGUGCGGUGGAUGAGCACAAGCGUCUGGGACCCUUUAGUUUACCCAAAACAUGGACUUAAAUAUGUGGCUAGGAGUUUUAAAUUUUUAGACACAGUAGUUAAGCAUAGCGAAAUAGAGAGGAUUGCUGAUUCAUAUACGCAUGAAUUUUAAUUUUUAUUAUUUCAUUUUUAUUUUGUUAGAUAUAUUUUUCACAUUAUUUAAGUAUUUUAUAUGCAGGCUUUACAACCUCUUAUUUAUUGUUUAUGCAAGCAGAAUUAACCGUUAUGUGCGACUAUGUAAUAUAAAAAAUAUAAUUGUAGUUAUGAUAAGUUUCUUUUGAACUAAAAACAAAAACAAAUAAAACACAAACUAAGCUAUACAACAACAUCAUCACAGUCAUGCGUUAAGUAAAUUGCGUUAUAUAAGUUAUUGUUUAUUUUUCACCACAUAUUAUAAUGUUUCGGCGAAUUUCCAACCCCCAAUAAAUAGAAGAUAUAUGUAUGUAGUCUAGAACUAACGAAUUACUCGUAAUUCUUAAAUUAGGUCUCAAUUAAAAUAAAUAUUAAUUAAAAUUGAAAUAUUGGCAUAUUUGAGUAUAAUACAAUAGUUACAGCAUAUGUUUAACAUAAGUAUUUUUAAUCAUUAUUAAUAUUAAUAUUAUACCUUAAUGACAUAGUUACAUAGUUCAGCAGAAAUAGCGAGAUAUUGAAAUUACACUCAAAAUAACAUAAAACAAGCGAAUAAAUUUAUUUAAUUAAUGUAAGAAC